AUGAAGAGCAGAAUUGACAACGCAGCAUGGCUUAUCGCAAAUAAGUCGGAGUUGUUGAACUCUCUGGCGCGUAGGCGUCUUCCCACCAUCAAACCAGCUACACUCACUACCACCACCACUGCCACAACACUGCCCGUUUCUACUGAGAAAACCAAUCCAGUCUGUCGAAUAUCAAGCUACUCCUGGUUUAACGGAGUUUGCUACAAGGACUUUGCGCAGAAGAGGUCGUACGAUGUCGCCAUGGAGCGGUGCGCUGCAGAUGGUGGUCAGUUAGCCAUGCCGAAAGACAGUGAGAUCAACAGUUUUCUGAACGGUCUAAGAGAAGGGACUGAUCAUCGCUGGUUUGGUAUGACUGACCGCCUUAGUGAGGGACAGUGGGUGUUUGAGGACGGACAGCACCUGGCCCUAACCGGGUAUUCCAACUGGGAACCGGGUGAACCCAACAACAAAGACCGCAGACAACACUGCGCCGGUUUUAGGCCAACUACGCCAACUUGGGACGACAUGAGAUGCGUCAAUACCAAGGGAUUCAUGUGCCAGAUAGAUCAAGGGACUCACAGCCUAAGGAUCAAGACCAGUGGUACUAAGAACUCCGGCACUAACAAUGAUUUGUCUGUGGAAAUCCUUUCUGACAGUUGUAAUGGUGCCUGCUUGACAGCUACCAUAUCUGGAAUCAAGUCGAAAGGAACUGAAUACGUCCGAACCAUGCCCGCUUCCACUUUCGGUGAUCCUUCCGGACUUCGACUUAAUGCUCUAGGAAACGACAAUCUGAAAAUAGAUUGGAUUGAGAUCUACAACGCUGAUGCUGCCAGGUACUAUCGUUUUUCCUGUCCCCCUGAAAGCUGCAGGCUGAGUACAGACCGUAGAGAGGGAAACGAACAGCUCUUGUUAGAAGUUGAUGAGUCUCACAUCCUGAGGAUAAGGACGAGCGAUAUAAAGGAGUCCAACAGUCGCAAUGACCUGAGCGUGGAAAUCCUGUCAGACACCUGUAAUGGUACCUGCACAGGGAUGACGGUAUCCGGACUCGCUGUAAAAGGGACCGUCUACGUUCGAACCUUUUCUGCAUCCAACUUCGGUGAUCCCACGGCGCUUCGACUAACAGCAACAGGACCCGACUGGCUGGAACUAGACUGGAUUGACGUCUACAUCGCUGAGACUGGGAAAUAUUACCGAUUUUCCUGUCGAGACAUAGUAGGAUUCUAUUCCCCUAACGGCUGUGAGCUGUCCACCGACCGAACCGAGGGGUUCCAGCAGUUGCUUUUACAUGUAGACGGUCAGCCCUGACAUGGUGCCAGUUGUUACGUUCUUCUUAGGUCUUGAGGUCUCAUUGAUGAGUUUCUUCUUCCCAUAGACUUAUAGACUAUGUUAUAAUUCGUGGUUUACAUUGGCGCGUUCUUGCUUAAGUGACGAAAAAUUUAGCACAUUUUUCAUUCUAUGUAGAGCACAUUUACCCUAUGCUGUGGGCAAAAAAAAUUGCCAACGUCAAAUAGAUACUGGUUCUUUUUAUAACAAUUACAAACUACGAUUAGUCAAUCCCCACAAAAGGCACUUUUUCGCUUAUGGGCUACAACCGCACCACUCAGAUCUCAGGACUGUGACCUCCGACCUUGCGCACGGCUGCAAAACUUUACCUGCUAAUGUCUUCAGUUACAAACAGGCUUUCACCAAUCUAACUUUUGAGAUCAGUUCCGCUGGCUAAAAGGGAAUUUCUGACC